AUGUAAUGAUAAGACAACCGACUUCCUAUAGUAAAUACUUGUUUUAUAUAUAUAAUUUAUCACUUGUCAUUUUAUUUAAAAACUGUCGAGUCUACGGUAGAAGAUAAAAAAAUAAUUUUAACAAAAUGAUGGGCAUGUUUUUCCAUUUUGGCGUGACGGAAAGCGCAAUUGUAUUUUCCGGUUGGAAAACGAGUAACUGGCAAGGAGUUUUGGGUUCUUGUAUUGGUAUCAUUAUUUUAGGAAUUAUUUAUGAAGGAUUAAAAAGUUAUAGAGAAUCCAUGUUCAUAAAAUUAUCAUAUUUGUAUCAAAAUAAUCGUUUGAAGAAAUCCAGAGGCAAUAUUAUUUUAUCUCCAAUUCAUUUCUACCAGACAAUUUUACAUAUUCUACAAUUUACCUUGGGCUAUUUAUUGAUGUUUAUAUUCAUGACCUACAAUGUUUAUUUCGCACUUGCAGUAAUGACCGGUAUCGGAAUCGGUUUUUGGAUUUUUUCAUGGGAUCGAUAUAAUACUAACUCACAAUGCUGUUUUUAAUUAUAUAUUUUUUUAUUCGAUAUCAUACGUAACCCAGUUAUAUAAUUACUUUAAAAAAACGUGUUUCCUAAAUCAGUAAUGGAAACCGAUUUUUGGUCAUAUUUACUAAUUAUUAAAAAUAAAUAUGUCAUGUUGGUACUCAAACUAACGGAAAUUUACCGUACAACAUUUUUUUACUCUUUAAAAUUUUCCCUAAACUCAAUAGUUUUUCCGAAAAAAGAAUUUUCAUCAUUUUCCUAUUUUUAAAUUGACUUAUAAAUUAAAUAUAUAAAUAAUAAAAAUAAACAUGUCAUAUUGGUACUCAAACUAACGGAAAUUUACCGUACAACAUUUUUUUACUCUUUGAAAUUUUCCCUAAACUCAAUAGUUUUCCCGAAAAAACAAUUUUCAUCAUUUUCCAAUUUUUAAAUUGACUUAUAAAUUAAAUAUAUAAAUAAUAAAAAUAAACAUGUCAUGUUGGUACUCAAACUAACGGAAAUUUACCGUACAACAUUUUUUUACUCUUUAAAAUUUUCCCUAAACUCAAUAGUUUUCCCGAAAUAACAAUUUUUAUCAUUUUCCUAUUUUUAAAUUGACUUAUAAAAUAAAUAUAUAAAUAAUAAAAAUAAAUAUGUCAUGUUGGUACUCAAACUAACGGAAAUUUACCGUACAACAUUUUUUCAUUCUUUAAAAUUUUCCCUAAACUCAAUAGUUUUCCCGAAAUAACAAUUUUCAUCAUUUUCCUAUUUUUAAAUUGACUUAUAAAUUAAAUACAUAAAUAAUAAAAAUAAACAUGUCAUGUUGGUACUCAAACGAACGGAAAUUUACCGUACAACAUUUUUUUAUUCUUUGAAAUUUUUCCUAAACUCAAUAGUUUUCCCGAAAAAUCAAUUUUUCACCAGUGACUGAAUUUUUCGUAUAAGAAUAAAUCAACUUCUCAGAGAUUAUCAAAUAACUAAAUUAUUUUAAGACAAAACAAAUAAUUACUCUGUAUAUUGAAACAUCAUUUAUA